CGGCGGUGCGGGGCCCGGCCCGGCCGCGGGGCUGACGCACGAUGGCCCACAGCCAGUCUCGAAAGCGAUCGCGAAGCAGGAGCAAAAGCAGUUCUCGGAGCAGACAGGAGAGGAAGGAGAAGAAAAGGAGGAAAAGCAGCAAGGACUCACACCGGGGCAGCAGCUCUCCUCCGAAGAAGCGGACUUCUGGGUCUCACAGACACAAGUCGAGCUCAGUGGCAGCUAAGGAAGAAAAGAAGAAGGAAAGAAAGGACAAAAAGAAGAGGAAGGCAAGUACCUCUUCCUCUGAGACAGCGUCUUCAUCCACCAGCUCCUCCUCAUCUUCGUCUUCCUCCAGCUCCUCUUCUGAUGACUCCAGUGACAGUGACUCCAAAACAAAGAAGAGGCGACAUGGCAAAAAAAAGCGAGCGAAACAGAAAGACAAAAAGAAGAAGAAGAAGAGAACAAAGAAGAAAUCAAAAAAGAAGUCAAAGGAAAGGGCUAAGGAGGAGAAAGCCAAGGGAGAUGUGAUGCCCGGCCCCUCACUGGAGCAGUGGCAGAAGGAGUCGCUGGUGGACUCCGGACCAGUUUUGACAGAUGAACAAAAAUCGCGAAUCCAGGCUAUGAAGCCAAUGACAAAGGAAGAAUGGGACGCGAGGCAGAGUGUCAUAAGGAGAGUCGUGGAUCCUGAAACGGGGAGAACGAGGCUAAUUAAGGGAGACGGAGAAGUACUAGAAGAGAUCGUCAGCAAGGAGAGACACAAGGAGAUUAACAAGCAAGCCACCCGGGGGGACGGGCUGGCCUUCCAGGUGAGGACAGGGAUGCUGCAGUGAGUGCCUGGGCGCCAGCCGUGCCAGGAGCCUGUCCUGCUGCCAGCGCCAGCCCGGGAGUGAACCUCUGUCUCUGGACCAUGCAGACAGCACUGCAUCAGGAUGCUUCCCCAGGGCCAGUUUCCAGCCGCUCUGUAAGUUAUUGACUGGGAAGAAGAGUGACUUUAAUGGUUCAACUCCCAGUAAACAGCUUCUCCCCUCCCAUUCCUGACUGGGGCCAGUGUGGCUGUAACGCACUUGGACCUGCUUGUCCUGAUGCCACUUUUGAGGCCGGAGGAGCUCAGCAGCACCCAAGGGGACAGGCUCGCUGGUGCUGAGCACCUCGAGGUGCUGCUGCCCCUCGGCUCUGGGCUUUGGUGGGCAGGAGCCAAUGCUGCGGCCAGGACAGGGUAUGUGCUGGGCUGCAAAACACAGCUGGCUGCCACUUCUUCCCUUCAGGGGUUGCUCUUGGCCCCUUCCUUGCUGGAUCUGCAAGCCCCAUGCUUACCCGGUGCUGCAGGCUCGCAGGUCCUUUGCACUCACCCACCCUGCUCAGAGAUGUGUCCGUGCCGCUGCAUGGCUUUGCUCAGGCUGCAGCUCUCCCCUGUGCCCUCAGGUGCCACCCUCCGCGGUGCCCCGGGGGCUUUACUCAGCCUUCCUGCAGCUUCAUCGCAUCAGGUGGCGCUGGGGGGGC